CAGGAAUUCUGGGGAUUAGAGGCGGUGAAGAAGUUGUUCGAGGAUAAAUUUACCAAGAAUGUUGGACAUGAAAUCGAUGGACUCAUAUUUCAACCUGUUAAAGAGCCAUAUCGUGCGGGUCGUUGCGAUAGUGUACUGAAGUGGAAGCCACCGUCGCAUAAUUCGAUUGAUUUCAAAUUACAAAUUCGAAAAGUGUGUAAAGAAGGUGAACUGCCCGAGCAUAUUGGAUUUUUAUACGUUCAACACGAAUCGCGACCGAUGGGUGAAAUCAAAGCGACCAAAAAACUGCUUCCGUACAAUAAUAAAAUUGUUGAAUGCACCCUUCAGAACGGCAAAUGGGUGUUUAUGCGUGAACGAACAGAUAAAAGUCUACCGAAUUCGUUGAACACGGCACGUGCCGUUUAUAACAGUAUGAUACAUCCGAUUGAUAGGCAUACCUUAAUUGAUUUCGUGGAACGCAUAAGACGUCAUCAGCAGCAACAACAGCAACAGCAUCAUCAUCACACUAACAUGAAAAGACCUUCGGAACAACAGCUGAAUGGUAUUGAUCAUAAACAGCAAAAGUUGUAG